ACCGUCACCGCAUCGUAAGGUCCCGGUUUGACAAUUCGCGACUGCCCCCUCGUCAUCGUGCAUGCAUACUCAAGUGAGCUUCCACUCGUGAUUUCAUGUGGCUUCCAAGGUUGUCGACUAUAUUCCUUGACAAGGAGCUACUGUGCUGUGAAUGUCUUGCAUGGUGUUCCGCAUCAGGUAUUCCGACAUCUCGUGUUCUGAAAUUGACAAUAAAUUCCACUCAUCACUCAAAAAGCCACGAGACGAAAUAACUAAUCACCAUGGCCGAAGCCUGGCUCAAAUCAGAAGAUAAAGCCUUGAACCUACUCGCCGUCACAAGUCUGGCAGCCACCGCAGAAGUCCUUGGCCUCGUUGCGACUGUCGGUUUGAAUACAGAGUCAAUACACGAUCAAAUCGUUAAGUCUAGCGCAAGCGGCUUCGUUGCUUCCGAGCGAGGCUCACGCAUACUCUCCAAUGGAUGGCAUUCGGAGUCUUCUCUAGCUACGUCCCUUGGGACGGCGUACGCGAUUGCCGAUGCUGCAAGAAAAGCCCAUGUCCCAACACCUUUGGCGGGCACUGCAGAGCAACUUCUACUGCAAGCAGCUCACCUUGCGACACCCGAGCAUGACGACGCGACGCUUGUGCAGGUCUAUCUGCCCCAAGGACAAGGCGAGCUUGUUUCCGAAAUGAAAUCCGCGGAUAAGAUGAUGGUCGCUUCCUAUCAAGUUCGCAAGGAGACCGUGAUUGAUCUAUUGGUCGGAAUACAGCUUGCGGCGACUGUAGAGGCCAUGGCACUGGCCAAAGCGUUGAACCAAAGUCGGCGGGAUUUGUUUGAACAGAUGGUCAAAGUGGACGGCUCAGGCGAGGUACACGACAAGUGCAUUUCGGGGAUGUUAGAGAAGGAUGCUUGGACACUGGCAGACUGUCCACAGGCGGAAGAGCAUGGGAAAAGGCUCGCAGAUGCGGUGGAGAAGUGCCGAAAGAUCCAAUACCCUUGUCCGAUGGCUGUGACGGCUCUACAACAGUUUCACUUUGCCAUCCAGAAAGGCAAGACCAUCAAGAACGAGGGUCGGUAAGCCUCAGAUGAAUUUAUUUUGUUGUAGUAAGCGUUGUCCACCGUCUGUCUUUCGGUAGAAAAUCUUUGUUUCAAGACUAAAGCUUGGUCAUACGGUGCGCACGCGUGACAGGAGGGCCAUCACGUCGGUUCUGCCUUUGAAGAAAGCCCCUUGCAUGGCGGUAAAGUCAUGAUGGCCUGAUCUUUGAUCUAUGUCUGCACCCGCACUUAUAAGGGCUUCUACCGCGUCCGUAUGACCGGCCUCAGCGGCCGCCAGAAGUGCGGUGCCUCCGUGAUAAUGACUUCCUGCCACAUUUGGGUCGGCGCCGGCAGCAAGUAUUCUUUCGACUAGUUCUGGAUCGCCAUUCAAUGCUGCAGCCUGCAGCGGUGUCAAGGCCGUGUAUUUGCUAGGUUCCGGGUUGACCUCCGCGCCAACAUUCAAUAGAAAGUCGAUUAUCUUUGGAUGU